AAUAUUUUCUACUGACAUCAUACAAUCUAAUCAUCUGAUGGCACUCCACAGUCAUGAAAAUGCUCCACCUCCUAACUUCUCAUGGGUCGAUGAAGGUUUUCUGGCUGGAUGUGGAUGCCCAGGAAAUUUAGAUCACUACAAAUACUUCACUGAAGUUGGAAUUCGUCAUGUUAUUUCAUUGAAGGAACAAUAUCCACCAGGAGCUGAGGAAAAUAGUAAAUCAUUGAAUUUGAAAUUAUCUAAGAUUCAAAUAAAAGAUUUUCAUCCUCCGACAAUUGAUCAGAUAGAUGAGUUUUUAAAACUUGUCGACGAAGGGAAAAAGUGUAAUCAGCCGGUAGUUACACACUGCGCUCUUGGCAAUGGACGAACUGGAACAAUGUUGGCAUGCUAUUUAUUAAAACAAAAAGGAAUAUCUGCUAAAGAAGCGCUGGACGAAAUCAGGAAAUUGAGGCCAGGAUCUGUUGAAACAGUCGAGCAAGAAAAAGCAAUAGAAAUGUAUUACAAGCAUUUGAACGAAACUGCAACUGAUUGAUUAUCUUAUUCAACUGUCUAUCUCUAUAAUAAUUAAUGUUAUUGGAUAUGUAUGAUUUAAAAUACUGCUCGAAUCAUAA